UUAGAGCAUUAAUCAAAAGCCAAACACAAGAACCAUGGAAGGCACUUCCACUGCAAUUAGCAUCCCUGAAGCAAGUGGCACAAACACUGAAGCAAAAGCUCUAGUGCCACCACCAGCUCAAACAUCAGCACCAGUUGUUACAAAACGAGAGAGUCGCUUUGGGUCCAUCUUCAGAAAGACAAGGGCUGCAGGUGGCUGGAAGAGAGGCCUGGCAUGCAUUGAUUUCAUCCUCAGGCUUUUUGCCAUUACUGCCACCAUUAUAGCCGCCAUCAUGAUGGGAACUACUGAUGAGACUCUCCCAUUCUUCACACAUUACUACCAAUUUGAAGCCAAAUACGAUGAUUUCCCUGCUUUAACGUUCUUUGUGAUUGGAAAAGCUAUAGCUGGAGGCUAUCUAGUGCUGUCUUUAGUCUUCGCACUGAUCAGUCUCGUUAGACCACAUGCAGUUGGGCCACGCCUUCUUCUGCUUAUCUUUGACACUGUUGUUCUUGGACUGACUACUGCAGCAGCGGCCGCGGCGGCAGCUAUUGUUUCGGUGGCUCAUGAUGGGAAUCAGAGAGCGAAUUGGGUGGCCAUUUGCUUGCGGUUUGAUGGGUUUUGUCAGAGGAUAAGCGGGGCGAUCGUGGCUUCUUUUGUGGCUGUGCUCAUCCUCAUGCUCUUGAUUCUCAUGUCUGGUCUUGCAAUGCGUAAACAUUAAAAGAUGGUGGUAUCUUUGUUUGUUGCCCAUCAGCUCUUGAUUGUUGUAUGUCUCUGCUAUCUGUUUCUUUCUUUUGUGUCUUUGUUUUGGGUUAUCUUUGAACAAGUGUGAGCGUGUGUACCUGAUUAAUAUGCGUAUUAAA